CAUUCAAUGGUAAACUGGAGAUUGAAAAUGGUGAAAAUUCAGCCCUAACAAAUAUUAAAGUUGAUCUUCAUAUAUGGAAAUCAGAGGAUGUGACACAGGAACAUACGAUGGAUCAUUUUUCAAUAGGGGAUCCAGAUUUGAGUGGCAUCAGUUCUGUAGAUGGUUUGGGAAGUCUAGAAAAGGGGAAGACCGGUGCUGCUGAAUGGUUGAUCAUACCUUACUCUACAGCUGCACCGUCAGAAGAUAUCGUGUACGCCAUUGGUGGUGUACUCACUUACUAUGUUGACGAGGCUAAAUUUACCGUCCCACUUCUUGCUGAUAGUGUAACUGUAAAACCUGACCCACGACUUCAUAUUCAUUACUUCCAUGAGAAAUAUGUUGAAGCUGAUGAUCCCUUUACAAAGGAUGUGGUUGAGCCCUCUGUUCCAUUUAGUUUGGCUAUUAUGAUUACAAAUGCAGGUAAUGGGAUCGCAAGGGGGCUUAAGAUAACUUCAGCUCAACCCAAAAUAAUAGAAAAUGAAAAAGGACUAUUGGUGUCAUUCAGGAUUAUUGCGGCACAAAUAGGAAAUGAAGCAAUAUCACCAUCCUUGGCGAUUGACUUUGGGGAUAUUGAACCUCAUCAAACAAAAACUGCCCGAUGGCUUCUCGAAUGUACCCUGAAAGGGAAAUUUUUUAACUACACGGCCACGUUUGAGAACAUAAAUCCUCUGGGUGACCCUGAACUCUCAGUGUUAGAUGUUCUAGAGUACCAUGACUUGAUUCAUCUGGUUCGAAUGCGAAGUAAUAUAACCCAGUCUGAUGAUGGCUUCAGUGAUUUCCUGGUAAAUGAUAGAAUAGAUGGGCUAGAUAUGCCUGAUGUUGUAUAUAAUAGCAAGGACCAAUCCAAAGAGCCAGUGUUUGUUAGUCUUAAUGUGACAUAUGAGAAAACAAAUAAAAAUUGGUCGGGGAAAAAGUACAGUUACCUGGAAGUCAAUGUUCCUCUUGGCUGGACUUGCACUGAUUGGGUGUACGCACGUUUUGAACAUGACAUUGAACUUGAUGCUGACAAACAUUUACUCCAGGUCCUGAGACACAACGGUAAGGAACUUAUAAGACCUGAAAAUGCCUGGAUGACGUGGCAUAUAGAAGAAUCCCUAUUCGGGCAUUUGUUUGACCA